AUGUCGGAGGGGCCGUCCGAUUCGUCCAAUUCGCAUCUAGAGCCCCCCAGAAGGACUACAGAACUACAAGAUCCAGGAGCUGGUGACCACAUCUCGGAAAGCGACGACGAACAUUUCUCAGAUGCCAGUGAGGGCAUUCCCUCACACGACUCACAACCACCAUCCGGUCGCACUUCCCCUGUCCCACGAACUCGAGUCGAGAGGGUUGACAGCAGCACUCAACACGGCGAGGUCCCCGGCACAGCAGCAUUUGAAAAGAGGGAGCAGGAUGCAGUUCCUGAUGAGAUUGAGAUUGUACCAGAAGGGUCACACAGCCGGGGUCAUUCCCCCGCGGGCUCAGAAGACCAGCAACCCUUAAACCCCGACAGCUCGCCCAUCCCGCGCACUGUGGUUGAGAAGGUGGACCCGGGUGAACCGAGCCACGGUGAAGUCCCUGGCACAUUGGCACAUGAGAAACGACUCGCCGACGCUGUGCCUGAUGUGGUGAUGAAGGCUUCAGAUUCCGAAGGCGGGAGUCCAACACCCCCAGCAUACGACCAUACGCCCCCUGAGACCGAAGGGUCUACACCAGACAUUCCAGAGACUCGUCUCGAGCGGGUUGAAUCAAACCCCGCCGAUGAAGACCUGCCACCGCACCCGCAAGCUCACACACGCUCACCAAGUGACGCAUUACCCGAUACGGUAGAAACCGUCCCGGACACCUCGAUAAGCGGCACAGACCUGGAGCCCCAAGACCUCUCAUCGGAGAAUGACAUGAAUGACGACCACGGACACGAAACUCAACAAGCGGGAGGGGAUGAUUUUGACGAAUUUGUAGAAGAACAAGAAGACAUGGAAGACGAUGACUUCGGGGACUUCGACGACGGCUUCCAAGAGCCCAGUGCAGAGGAACCUUUCCCAGACGGAACCGCGACACCACAGCAAACCCAUGCGCCCCCUCCACCUCUCACCGACUUCGACACCUUCAAAUCCACCUCCGAACUCAUCGAUUCCCUCCAGGACACCCUCAACACCCUCUUCCCCGCAACCCAAGACCUAAGCUCUCUCCCAGCCCUCGAGCCAAUCCCAGACUCCUCCGCAAUCUUUAGCACCGACCGCUCCCUCUCCCUCUGGUCCCAGCUCGUCGCACCACCGCCCCUCCAACCCCAAAACUGGGUGAAAUCCCGCAUUCGCCGGCUCUUCCUCGUAUCCCUAGGCGUGCCCGUUGAUCUGGACGAGAUCCUCCCAGCCUCCAAACAGAAAAAGCUCAUCCUCCCCUCGAUCGACCUUGAAGGCACCGGCGCCAAAAGCCCCGGCGCCCGCUCUGGCAGCCAAGCCCGCAAAGAGGAAGGCGACAACGCCAACGCCGACAAGGGACAAGCUACCUCCCGCCACAAGACUACGUCUCGUCGUGGCGCGCCGCCGGCACCGGAAAUAGACCUUUCUGCGGUCCGGCGACUGUGCGCCACUACAGAUGCCGCGCUGAGCGGUCUCACGGAUGCAGAGUUGAAGCUGCAUGUCCAGGAAUUGGAACAGGCUGCGCAGCGCGCUAGCUUUGUGUUGGAGCACUGGCUUAAGCGGCGGGAUGGGCUUGUUGGUGAAAAGGAGGCUUUCGAGGGUGUCAUUGAGAACCUCGUCAGUCAUGUUCGGAGAGUCAGAAAGUAG